AUAUGGGAAUAUCUCAGCGUCAACUCGUCCAUGCAAUUCGCGCUUGCGUUGUUCCCAACACUGCGCCGUCAUAGUCUCGUACCUCAGCUGACCCUACCGACUUACAUGCGCAUAACACGCGAGGACAAUGAAUGUCGCACUCUCAGUGGAGGCAGCACAACUAUUUUAGCGAGGCUACCAAUGGAACUGUGGCUGCAAAUCGCUGAGCUAGGAAACUCAAGAGACAACAUCAGCCUGAUGUUUGCUCUUGCUGGUCAAUUCGUCCAGUUUCAAGAACGGGCAAGUAAGGAGACAAAAACAAGGUUGCAUGUUUGGGCCCGACGGAAGCAAUAA